AUGGCAAUGAAGCGACCGGCAGCCGGCGCCCGGAAGCGCCCCGCGGCGGCCGCUGCGCCUGCGCCGGGCAGCCGAAACCGCCUCUGUGCGGCCGAAGGGUGCAAGUUCAACCCGCAGCGCUCAGGGCAGCGCGCUGAGGUCCUGCGAGGCAAAGACUUUGACCGGUGCAUUGUCUGUGGCCCCGACGCUUUCCGGGAGGCCGCUUCCACGGGCAAGGGCGGUGGAGUCAUUGCCCGCUUCCUCAACAAGCUGGCGAAGGCGGACCCAGGCGUCUUUGAGGAAGCCGUUGUCAAGCUGCAGGCGGAACACCCCCUGGAGACAGUCCAAAAGUACGAGAAGCAGGCGCGCCGGAAGGCGCGGGAGGCUGCGGGCAGGGAGGCUGAGGCAGCGUGCGCCCCGCGCCACCGCCUGUGCGCGGGGGAAGGCUGCAAGUUCAAUGUGGCCUGCCUGGGCGAGCGCGCGGAGGUGCCGCAGAACACUGACUUGCGCCUCUGCGUGAUCUGUGGCCCUGACACUUUCCGGGAGGCCGCAAAGGGGCAGGGAGCGGCGAGGUUCCUGAACAAGCUUGCCAAACUUGACCUUGGCGUGUUUGAGGAGGCGGCCGCACAGCUGAAGGCGCAGCACUCGGAGGAUGUGGUUGACUGGCUUGUGGAGCGGGCUCGAGAAGAUACGGCCUGGGCGACAACGCGAGCCCAGCGCUUCCGCGCUUGGUGUCUCUCGAAGUCCUGGCGGAUGUGCGGCCAAUGCGGCCGAAUGGUUGCGCAGCCCUUCAAAGCGCAGCACGCUGCGGGCCGGGAUCGGGCGCCGGCUGAGAUGGCGGCCUGCCAGCAUUGCAAGUCGGAGGGCCGGCAAGGGUACUGGUCACCGCUCCCGCAGGACCAACCAAGGCGGCUUCGCAACCUGAAGCCUGAGGUGGUGGAGGCUCUCCGCCCGCUGAACAUCCACGCUGGGCCGCAGCAGCGGAUGCCCCACGGCUACGCCGUGCACGGGGACAUGCUGCGCUUCUCCUUCAAGCCCCAGGGCGUCCUCGAGCAGGUGGAUCUGCUGCCGAAGAAGUUGAAAAAGAAGGCGAAGAAGGCGCUCAAGCACUUGCUGCGGAGUGAGGACAACGCCUACGGCGAGUUCCUUGAGCUGCGCUACAAGUUCCUUCACACGCGGGCACGGGGCAUCGAGCGGGCUUCCUUGAGACCCCCGGCCUCGAGAAUUGCCUAUGGCCUCACCUGUACUGGCUGCCUGCCGCUGCCCAAGUGGCUCGCCAACUACAUGACCUGCACCUGGCGGGCGCCGGCGAUGACCUGCCUUGAGUUCUUGCGCAAGGCUGGCCCCGACGGGCAGAUCCAGCAGCGCUACCGCCGCAUCCACAAGCACCUGCGCGUCGAGGCCCCGCUUGAAGAGUGGAUCAAUGUCUGCGCCGAGUCGGGGGAGGUGCUGGUGUCGCCCGUCUUCUACACGCGCCUGGGCGACGAGUACUGCGGGCAGUGGCUGUUGCUCAACGUCCCCUUCUUGGCGCUGGAUGACCUGUGGCUCCGCCGCGCGCUGCGCGUGCCGGAGCGGCUGCGGUUCCUGGCGCUGUGCCUGCUGCACAAGCCUGCCUACUGGCGCAGCCCGGCCCGCGUUCGCGCCGACCUGGAGCUGGAGGCCCGGGCCGAGACCUACAUCCGGAACGCGCUGGACAUGCUGGCGGCCAGGAUCGAGCUUGUGGACGCCUACUUGCUUGGGGAGCUGCGUGUGGAGGACGUCUUAACAGGACGCACGUGUUAUGGCCACGCGCACGUGAUGUAG